UCUUAGGGUUUUCAUCGCUCCGAUUUCAAUCACCCAUAUUUGAUCUUCUCUCCCUCUCAAUCGUUCCUGCUCCAGUUCGAUUUUCGAUGGUUCAUUUGAUCAAUUCCGUCAAGACUGCAUCUGAUUCAGAUUCUCGGUGCCGAAAACUGUCGCCUGUGAAGGUUGAGGUGGAAGAUACUCUGGAGAACGAAUAUGAUCAUGGCCGCCACAAAAAGCGAUCUAAGCUCUCUCUUCUUCUUCCUCCUCCUCAUACUUCAGAAAACAUUGGGGAUUAUUCUGGGUCACUAUCAGAAUACAGUCCUUUAGGUUUGCGUCUCAAGAAGAGCCCUUCCCUUUUGGACUUGAUUCAAAUGAGGCUUUAUCAAGGAACUAUUCCUAAACUUGAACCUGAAGUAAAACAAGAACACAAGAUCACUGCAAUGAGUUUUAAUGAGAAGCUUAAGGCCUCUAAUUUCCCUGGUUCAUUAUUGAAGAUCGGUAGUUGGGAGUACAAAUCAAGAUAUGAAGGGGAUUUGGUAGCGAAAUGUUACUUUGCUAAGCAUAAGCUUGUUUGGGAAGUCCUUGAUGGAGGGUUGAAGAAUAAGAUUGAAAUUCAGUGGUCUGAUAUCAUGGAUUUGAAGGCGAAUUACCCAGAUGAUGGAGUUGGGACACUUGUUGUUGUGCUUUCUAGGCAGCCUCUUUUCUUCAGAGAGACAAAUCCACAACCUAGAAAACAUACCUUAUGGCAAGCUGCAUCAGAUUUUACGGAUGGUCAGGCAAGCAUACAGAGGAGACAUUUUCUGGAAUGCCCACAAGGCUUGUUAGGAAAGCAUUUUGAAAAGCUUAUACAGUGUGAUCCCCGUCUUAAUUUCAUAAGCCAGCAGGAUGAGAUUGUUUUGGAAUCCCCUUAUUUUGAGGCCAGGAUUGACGAUGAUGAGUCAAAGGAAACAAACCAAGGAUUUGGCGUGCAAAGCCCGUCUUUCUUUACUUUGCAUAACGAUACAUCACCAUCAAGAUCUCAUUCUUCUCCUUCCAAGCAUGAAGACCAUAAUUCUCUUGCUCAAUCUUUGGAACAUGUACAUCAAUAUAGUCCUUCAUCUUUAUCAGUAAUCGACACUGAAACAAGUAAAGACGCAAAGGAAAAUAGAGAUAAGGAAUUGAAAGGGCUUCUUAACCAAGAUAUGUUCAAGAUAUCUGGACUAAAACCAUCAAUAUCAGUUAAUGACUUAGUGAACCACCUCGAAAACUGCAUUUCAACAGACGAGAGAAAAAGCCUGGAUAUUCUCAAGGAAAUCAGUCAGUGCCUGUUUAGCGAAUCCCAGUUUGCCUCCUCAUCCUCCUCUGUUUCGGAUGAACAAUCCAUCAUGAAGAGGGUCGAUUCUCUUUGCUGUCUCCUUAAGAAGGAUCCGUUCUUACCAGUCAGAAACGAGAAUAACAGUUCAACUCUUAGGAUAGAACAUGAUGUAUCCGAAUCCAAUUCUGAAUCCUCAUCAGAAGAUGAUGAGAAUGAAACAACAUUGUCUAGAAAAGAUUCAGUUGAAGAUCUACUUCUUAACUUGCCAAGGAUUGCUUCCCUACCACAGUUCUUGUUCAAUAUAUCUGAUGAUUAUGGACACAGGUAAAGAAUUAUUCCUGAUUUGAUUUUUAGUCGCCGAAGUAGAGUAUACUCUAGUAUGUAUAGUUGGUGUUAUUGUAUAGCUUAUAGUUAGUUACACCCUUUAUGUAUAAUGUAGUUUUUGUGCAUAGAAUAAUCACAUUGUUGGUGAUUGGGUCUUUCAUUGGCAUGUUUAAAUGUAAAUAAUUAUAUAUUUAUAUGUUUAAUUAAGGUUGUAGGUUGAUAUUUAUUC